AUCGAGACGAGAUUUAUUUUUAAUUUUACUUAAUUCGCUGUCACUGAAGAGCGAAAAAGAAAUCCUGCGCCACGCCCUCCCUCCGCCUCAUUCCGCUCUCGCCACCACUCACACGCACGCGCCUGUCUCUUCUCGGCCACGCGCUUUUCACCAAUUCGCGAGGACAUUAAAGUUCUCCGAACGCGCCUCUUUCCUCCGCCGUUCCCCCCCACUUCCUGGUUCCUUCAUCUACUUUUCCGUUCUCCCGGUGACACAGCUGUCUUGUUAAAAUCAAAAUGGAGAUAAAAGGGACAUGUGGAAGACCUUUCCACACACCGAGGUGUCUGGCGGCGGCGGCGCCCGCUGGGAGGUCCAAGUUAACCCACCCUGGGAAAGCGAUUCUGGCAGGCGGAAUCGCUGGCGGCAUCGAGAUUUGCAUCACCUUCCCCACCGAGUAUGUGAAGACCCAACUGCAGCUGGAUGAGAAGGCCAACCCUCCCAAAUACAGAGGCAUAGGUGACUGCGUGAGGCAGACGGUGCGGAGUCACGGUAUCCCGGGACUCUACCGAGGACUCAGCUCGCUGUUGUACGGAUCCAUCCCCAAAUCCGCAGUCAGGUUCGGAGUAUUUGAGUUCCUCAGUAACCGAGCAAAGGACGAAUCAGGUCGACUGGAUAGCACUCGAGGGCUGCUGUGUGGACUCGGAGCUGGUGUGAUGGAGGCCGUGUUGGUGGUUUGUCCCAUGGAAACCAUCAAGGUUAAAUUCAUCCAUGACCAGACUUCAGCCAACCCCAAGUACAGGGGCUUCUAUCACGGAGUCAGAGAGAUUAUCAGAGCUCAAGGUUUAAGAGGGACCUACCAAGGUCUCACAGCGACCGUGCUUAAACAGGGCUCCAACCAGGCCAUUCGCUUCUAUGUGAUGACCUCGCUCAAGAACUGGUACAAAGGUGAUGAUCCCAAUAAAUCCAUCAAUCCUGCGGUGACCGGAUCCUUCGGAGCUAUCGCAGGAGCAGCAAGCGUGUUUGGAAACACGCCACUCGAUGUCAUCAAGACAAGGAUGCAGGGUCUCGAAGCACAUAAGUACAAGAGCACGCUGGACUGUGCGGUCAAGAUUCUGCGACACGAAGGCUUAAAAGCAUUCUAUAAGGGGACCGUUCCUCGUCUGGGUCGCGUAUGCCUGGAUGUGGCCAUCGUCUUCAUCAUCUACGAGGAGGUGGUCAAGGUUCUUAACCGAGUGUGGAAGACGGAGUGAGUCGCGUUUCCUGCUUCUCUUGCCGCUUCCGACGCGCACAUCCCAAUCGGGGUAGAAAUGGAAUUAACUUGAAUCUUAAAGCUUUUUGAUCAUAUUUUAAUUUUGUUAGAAGGAUACUUGACUCUUGCAUAACUUUCAUUCAUCCGUAUAAACUACAGUCGCAUCCAUAAACAAAGCCUUUAAUAGAAUGAGUUUACUAUUUAAAGACACCGUUUAUUUUUGUCUUUUUUUUUUUUUUUAUUCCCAUCAUGAUUGUUUCAUUCUAAAGUAUAAAUAUAUUUUAUCUCUGUGUCAGAUGCCAAACACGAUAAUUUAUAUAGAUACGGUUUAUUAAUAAUGAAUUAAUUAUUCAUCUAUUUAGAAGAUUAAUGUAAGUAUAUUUACUAGGGGUGUAAAUCGCGGGUUUUGUCACGAUCCGAUAUAUCGAUACAAAGAACUAUGAUACGAUAUUUGCCGAUAUCUUAAAGCCCGCUGCGAUUCAUUCACAAUAUAUCACGAUAUAGUGCUCUACGAUCGAUUUUUUUUUUUUAAAUAUAGAACAAUAUCCUGAUUUAUAACAAUUCAUACCCAAAAUCAACAAGGUACUGCAAACUUUUUAUUUAGGAAAUUACAAGAGUAUUGUAGUAUACAAAGUGCUUAUUUUAACACUGAACUUUGAUGUCGUGUUUUUUCUUUAAAUGAGCGGCGAGAUUCAUGCUCCCUGAAUAUUUGAUCACCGCAUGGCAGGAUUUACAAACUGCACGUGUCUUGUCCGUUGAGCCAUCUUUUCUUUGGAAUCCAUAGUGCUUCCAAACGAAUGACUUGAAGCCUAAAGGGGAGCAAAUUUCCUCGUCUUUUUGGACACUAGCCAUAGCACCAGCCCAGGAGCCGCGGACUAGUUGUCCCCUCCCCUUUCACGCGCGUGCUCUGCUCACAACACAACAACGCCGGAAAGAGGAAGCAAGCAACAAUGAACUGGAUUUCAAAAUAAAGUCGCGUCUAAUGUCCGAGGUCAAACACGGCGAUAUAAAUCGAUGUUUACGUUUAGCAUCGAUGCCAAUAAAUCGUAGAGCAUUAUAUCGAUUAAUCGAUGUGUAUCGAUGAAUCGUUACACCCCUAAUAUUUACUGAUUGGAAUGUUUCAUAUCUGUAUGUUUAAAAAAAAAUGUAAUUGCUGUUGUGUUGUUGUCUUUCCCUUCAAAAAAAAAAAAAAUCCAGUCUAGAUGUAAAUGUGUUUGAAGAAGUUUAAAAAAUAUAUAUAUAUAUAUUCUCUCCAUAUCCAAUUGCUGUAUUUGAAGCUUGAGAGCCAACUUGAAGUGCUUUUCACCUGAGCAGGCUGCUGCAGGGUGAUUACGUGUCCAUGGUUUACGUUUUAUUGUUUUUUUAAAUCUUGUUCAUCCAGUGUUGUGGUUCUUGGGAAAAUGUAGUCGGACAUUGCGCCAAAAAAAAAACCCCAAAGUUUCAUCUUGACUUAAAUAUUAUAUUCGGAUCAAAUAGGGCAAAUUCGUCAUAAAAAUCUCCGACUCAAUUUGUCAUGAGAACACGACGCUGCCUGGUUGGCAAGUUGCUUUCAAAUAGUUCCCUCAUGUGCCUUUUGAUUAAAUAUCACUAUAAAUUGUAUUUAGUGUCUUCUCUCACAGUCUGACUGAUGUUUUCAAUGACAUAACAACCCACUUUUUUUUUUAUCAUUUUCUUGCUUCACUUACUAAAAUGUGAAUCAUGGCAAAAUAGAUUUUUAAUCUUAUAAACUGUCAUUUUCCUCCUGUGUGUGUUGUCAAUCUUAACAUGUCCACCCUGUUAUAGUGAACUACAAAUUGGUGUAAAAACCUCGAAGAAAUUCCAAACAUGUUUGUUAAACAUUCAUCUUGCUUACUGAAUUGCGUUGCCAAGAUAAAAUCCACCAUAAUUGAAUUAAAUUUUAACAUGAACCAAAAAUGUUCAUCCAUUACUGUAUUUACUUUGACUUAUUUGAAAAGUAUUACUCGUGUAACAUUUCUGACGAAUAAUUAUAUUUUUAAAAAAUGUCUCUAUACUUAAAUAUACUUUUUGUUUUGUUUUAUCAUUGGGUGUACAGUUAAAUAGCGCCACAGGUUCAUGUCUUCAUGAAGCCUUAAUGUUGGUUCAAUGAAGAUGUGUAAAAAAGUAAAAGUUCAUCCAUUUUUUUUUUAAAAUUGACUUUUUAAAAAGAACUUGUUCUGAUUAAUUGCUGUAUGUUAGGGGUGAUGCUGGAAUAAUUCAUGACUUGAUCAAACUCGGUCGGCUGAUGUCAUUUGUCAGCUUUUUUUAUUUGGUCAGGUCUUGUGAAGAAAAGAGGAGAAUUGUGUUCAAUAAAAACAAUCUUGUAAUAGAACCAA